AUGGCCGACGUCAGCUCCCGUUAUUUCCUCGCAGCAGAGCAUCAGCUGCAAAAGGAACGGGGCAAGUCACGCAUCAAUAACUGCUGGACGCUGUUCGGGACGACAGCUCAUCUCGCACUAGCCAUCGGGCUGAACAGGGGCAAGAAGACAGAGGUUCAGGGUCGUACAGGAAAAGUCGAGACCGAGUGUCGUCGAAGAACCUUCUGGUGCGCCUACACACUGGACAAGUACCUUGCGGCAGCACUUGGUAGGCCCCGCACAUUCCACGAGGAGGAUAUCGAUCAGGAGCUACCGUCUUGCAUUGAUGAUUCAGAUCUCGAGCAGGUCGGCGUUGAGCCUAAAGCUCCUCUUGGUCAACCAUUGAUGCUUGGCGCCGUGGCACACAUCCGGCUAUCACGUAUCAAUGAUGGUAUCCUCAAGGACCUAUAUCCCAUCUGGCCACUGUCGACGUCCGUACGGCUGAAGGUGACUGCUCAAUAUUCAACAAGACUCAGGAAUUGGUACCAAGAAAUGGCGGAGUUCUUAGACUCCGGCAGAAUCAACACGUCUUUGCUUCUGCCUAUCUACCAACGGCAACGCCAUGUUCUGAACCUAGCAUACUGGCACGCCACGAUCUUGACACAUAGGCCAUUCCUUCUCAACAAGUUCGGAGUCACGCGAACAAGUGCAAACACGACGCAGGUCGAGGACCGUGUCAAGGAAUGCCUUCAAGCUGCGCUGAACAUAUGCGACCUAGUCGACGAGCUCAUCAGUGCGAAGAUGAUGUUCAAAGCAUUCUGGCCUCCAGACGAUCAAACCAUGGUUGCUGCGGAUGACACUCAUUCGCAACAACUUGAGAAACAGGACCCAGAGGAGGCUGUCCUGGCUGAGACUGCCGGAUUUGGCCAGCAUCCGCUCACAUCAGACGUCAAUGACAUCAAUGGCUUCGAUGCAAGUCCAGGCAGCUCUCUUUAUGACAUGUCAGGUUGGGGUACUUUCGACUCCAUGGUCACAUCUGGAUUCGGAAAUCUCGAGGAUUGGCUGGGUGACGGUUCUUUCCAGUUCUCCGACUCAACGCAAAGAGUACUGGAAUCGAGUUAUUAUUAA